UAGCAGCCUGGUGAAGAUACAGGCCACCGUCUUCCUUGGGCCUAGCUGUUGACAAGCUCUUAUGUCCUGAUACCCGCCCCCCCCAUUCUUUCAGGCCAGCACAUCAACAACAGGCGGUAAGACAGGCUCAAAACAUUCCAGAGUCCAAGGCCCACACUGUAUGUGAGAGAAACCAGGCAGUCUCAGAAGGAGAUAGGACCCUCUUCAGCUUGGUACCACCCACUGGUUCCAUGACUCCUCCUUGACUCUUCUCUACCACUCCACGCACUCCAGAUGAAACUCUGCAGCUUCAAUGGACUCAGGAAGAAGAAACCAAACAAUGGGAAAUGUAGCCAGCUAGGGAUGGGGUGGUGGCCCCCCUCCCUACCCUCACCACCUUAGGGGUAGACAAUAAAGAGAGGAAGAGCAGGAGUCUGGAGGCUGUGAAUGGGGUGCCCAGGGUGGGCCUGCUCAAUCUUUGAGGGGGGUAGGGUGAGGGGCAAUUCACACACAGGAAACCAUGAAGGCACAGCAGAGAGAAAAAAGCUGGGAGUAGUCUAGGGUAUCGGACUUGACAAGAACCUAAGAUUGUGAUCUGCAACAGGAUGACAAUGACUAAUGCAAUUAAUUUAGUGAACCAUAAAUGUACAUCUUCUUUAAGUCUUAUAGCCUCAAAGGUAGGGGUUAUUGUUUUUAGAUGAGGAAACUAGGAACCAGGGAGCUUGCCUAGGGCCACACUACCUCUAAGUGAAACAGUCAGGAUUUUAACCCAGAUCUGCCAAGGCCCCCAAAAUUCAACCACUAAAGGAGAAGAAGCAGAGAGAGACUAGGGCCCCCAGAGGAAGGUGACAGUAGAUAGUCUCUGAGGGCGGGGCUGUGGUUUCUCUGAUCUUAGGCUCCUCUUCUCUGCCCAGGCCCCGCCCCCGCCCCUCCCAGUGCUGCCUGGAAGUGUGGGGUGAGAGCUCCUCCUAGAACCCCCUGACCCUUGAGGAAAGAAUUGUGUCCCCAGGACCUACCCAGCAGAGAUCCAUCUCCUCCUUCCCUGUCAACACCCCUCCAGGGGACAGCGCCUCCACUCAUAUCCCUACCUGCCAAUUGGCUUCACAGUGAUCAAGCUGAGAUGACCGUCAAGCUGGACUUUGAGGAGUGUCUCAAGGACUCACCCCGUUUCCGAGCCUCUAUCGAGCUGGUGGAAGCUGAAGUGUCAGAAUUGGAGACCCGUCUGGAAAAGCUCCUCAAGCUGGGCACUGGCCUCCUGGAGAGUGGGCGCCAUUACCUUGCUGCCAGCCGUGCCUUCAUUGUUGGCAUUUGUGACCUGGCUCGCCUGGGUCCUCCGGAGCCCAUGAUGGCGGAGUGUCUGGACAAAUUCACUGUGAGCCUGAGCCACAAGCUGGACAGCCAUACAGAGCUUCUAGAUGCCAUUCAACACACGCUGCAGCAGCAAAUCCAGACCCUGGUCAAAGAAGGUCUUCGGGGUUUCCGAGAGGCUCGCCGAGAUUUCUGGCGGGGGGCUGAGAGCCUGGAGGCUGCGCUUACUCACAAUGCAGAGGUCCCUAGGCGCCGAGCUCAGGAGGCAGAAGAGGCAGGAGCUUCUUUGAGGACUGCUCGAGCCGGGUACCGGGGACGGGCAUUGGAUUAUGCCCUGCAGAUCAAUGUGAUUGAGGAAAAAAGGAAGUUUGACAUCAUGGAGUUUGUGCUGCAUUUGGUGGAAGCCCAGGCUACCCAUUUCCAGCAGGGCCACGAGGAGCUGAGCCGACUGGCUCAGUAUCGCAAGGAGCUGGGUGCGCAGUUGCACCAGCUGGUCUUGAAUUCAGCUCGAGAGAAGAGGGACAUGGAGCAGCGACAUGUGCUGCUGAAGCAGAAGGAGCUGGGUGGAGAGGAACCAGAGCCAAGCCUAAGGGAGGGCCCUGGUGGUCUGGUCAUGGAAGGUCAUCUCUUCAAACGGGCCAGCAAUGCAUUUAAGACAUGGAGCAGACGCUGGUUCACCAUUCAGAACAACCGACUGGUUUAUCAGAAGAAGUACAAGGACCCUGUGACUGUGGUGGUGGAUGACCUUCGCCUCUGCACAGUGAAGCUCUGUCCCGACUCAGAAAGGCGGUUCUGCUUUGAGGUGGUGUCAACCAGCAAGUCCUGCCUCCUCCAGGCUGACUCAGAACGCCUCCUGCAGCUGUGGGUCAGUGCUGUGCAGAGUAGCAUCGCCUCUGCCUUCAGCCAGGCUCACCCUGAUGACAGUCCACAGGGUCAAGGCCAGGGUUCAGGACACCUGGCUGUGGGCUCUGCUGCCACCGUGGGCUGUGGCAGGAUGGUCAGGGGAAAGGAGCCAGGGGGAGUUAAGCAUGUGGCGGCCCAGGUACAGAGUGUGGAUGGCAAUGCCCAGUGCUGUGACUGCCGGGAGCCAGCCCCAGAGUGGGCCAGCAUCAACCUUGGUGUCACCCUCUGCAUCCAGUGCUCCGGCAUCCACAGGAGCCUCGGUGUUCACUUCUCCAAAGUCCGAUCUCUGACUCUUGACUCAUGGGAGCCAGAACUAGUGAAGCUUAUGUGCGAGCUGGGAAAUGUUGUCAUCAACCAGAUCUAUGAAGCCCGUGUGGAGGCACUGGCAGUGAAGAAGCCAGGGCCCAGCUGCUCCCGACAGGAGAAGGAAGCCUGGAUUCAUGCUAAAUACGUGGAGAAGAAGUUCCUGACCAAACUUCCUGAGAUUCGAGGGCGAAGAGGUGGCCGGAAGCCCCCAAAGGGGCAUCCUCCUGUGCCCCCAAAACCUUCCAUCAGGCCCCAGCCAGGGAGCUUCAGAUCCAAGCCAGCAGAGCCCCCCUCUGAUGACCUGGAAAGUCUGCACCCUGGGGCCCUGCUGUUUCGAGCUGCUGGACAUCCUCCAUCCCUUCCCACCAUGGCUGAUGCCCUUGCCCAUGGAGCUGAUGUCAACUGGGUCAAUGGGGGUCAAGAGAAUGCCACACCGCUGAUCCAGGCCACAGCUGCUGUGAGAACCUCGCCAACCUCCCUGUCCCACCCUAAGAAUUCUCUUAUGGCCUGUGAGUUUCUGCUUCAGAAUGGGGCAAAUGUGAACCAAGCGGACAGUGCAGGCCGGGGCCCACUACACCACGCAACCAUUCUUGGCUACACAGGGCUUGCCUGCCUGUUCCUGAAACGGGGGGCUGAUCUAGGGGCUCGAGACUCUGAGGGCAGGGAUCCUCUGACCAUCGCCAUGGAAACCGCCAAUGCUGACAUCGUCACCCUGCUACGAUUGGCAAAGAUGAGGGAGGCUGAAGCUGCUCAGGGACAGGCAGGAGAUGAGACCUAUGUUGACAUUUUCCGCGACUUCUCUCUUAUGGCAUCAGACGACCCAGAGAAGCUGAGCCGACGUAGUUACGACCUCCACACGCUGUGACCCGAGGUCCGGCGCCCCCAGCCCACGGCCCUCCUCUCCUCCAUUAAACCUUCUGUGCUUUGA